CUGCUUCCGGUGUGGGUGGAGCUUGACAGUGUUGUUUUCAAGCAGCUGAUCAGCACUGCGGACAGCUGCAGCUCCGUCCUCUCCCUCAAGUCACUCGCUGUUCCCGGGACGUUGUCCUCGUCCCGCCGCCUCGUCCUCCGGUCGCUCGUGUCGGAAUGGACCCGCAGCGAUAAUCUCUCCAUGACAUCAUCUCUGCCGCGCUUGGAGCUCAGCUGCCGCGGCGAGGAGAACGGCGCAGUCGGGGUUGCCCUUGACUGGGGAGGAGUUUGGGAAAGGGGUGCACGGACACGCUAAGCUCCGACCGGAGCGACAUUGUAACUGGGGGAUUUUCAUCGGCGAGGACAGACGGGGAUGCGGAGUAGAGCCUGCGGACUCACUCAGUUGUUGGCCCGCCGGCGGAUGCUGGAGGACGCAUCAGGACCCCAGGAGCUCCUCUGGACUAGCUGAGCAGGCCUGAACGGUCUACAUCACCGGAUUAAAUGGUGACAGAAAGCAAGUGUGCAUGACAAGAUAAAACAAAAGCAGAGGCUGCCCUGCCUGUGCUACAGAUAAGCAGGAGCUCGUGGUUUUUGCCGGCCUCCUUAGGUUUUACCAAUUGUGGUAGUAGAUGUGUCAGUCAAAAAUUAUUGUCACAGCCUCUAAACUCUUUAUGUGUCCCAGGAAUUGGCAGGCGUGUUUUUGUUCCGAUUUAUAAAAAAAAAAAGAACAUUACAGAAAACCAUGGGAGACCAAGAGGAAGCUGAGCUGUCAGAGUCUCUUCAGAAGGAGGACGGGUUUUCCAGUGAGCCUGAGCAGCCGGAGACAAACUUUAAAUCUAAAAGUUUGCCUGUUUUAAAUGAAGCAGAGCCUCAAGAGAAAACCCUGUUGGCUAGUUCUACACGCAUGUCCAUAACAGCAGAGGAGAGUGCAGAGUUCAUCCAGUUCCCAGCCAAGACUGAAGCCUUCCAGGCCGAGUCCCCAACCAGAACCAACUACCUGUCAAAGCCGGGGAAGUCGGAGCUUAAUAGGCCCAGCUCCUAUGUGGAGAACACUGACGUCCGUAGGAGUAAAAGUAUGGCCAGAAGGAAGCCCCCUGGCUUCUUUGCAUCGAGGCUAGCUCAGAUUCGACUUCCUUGUAAGAAGUAUGUGAGCAUUGUUCUUCAGGACUCUCGCUGCUUUCUGUUCUGCAUGUGCUACCUGACCUUUAUCCAGUCGCUCAUGGUGUCAGGCUACCUCAGCAGCGUCAUCACCACCAUUGAGAAAAGGUACAGCCUGAGGAGCUCAGAGUCAGGCCUUCUCGUCAGCUGUUUUGACAUUGGGAGCCUCCUAGUGGUCGUCUUCAUUAGCUACUUUGGUGGGCGGGGCCAGAGACCCAGAUGGCUGGCGGUGGGAGGGAUAUUCAUUGCUGUGGGUGCCGCCCUCUUCUCCUUGCCUCACUUCAUCUCCCCGGCUUAUCAGAUCCAGGAAGUUAACGCAUCAUCCGCCAAUGAGGGCCUGUGCUCUAACAGCAAUGCUAGCAGCAGGGAUCACGUUGACAUCACUUCCUGUCCUAGAGACCAGGAAGGUAAUGAACACAACUUGUACGUGGCGCUCUUCAUCAUUGCGCAAAUUUUGGUGGGCAUGGGUUCCACACCCAUCUACACCUUAGGACCCACCUACCUGGACGACAAUGUCAAGAAGGAGAAUGCCUCGCUAUAUUUGGCUAUCAUGUAUGUGAUGGGAGCUCUGGGCCCGGCUGCUGGUUACCUGCUGGGGGGGGUCCUUAUUGGCUUCUACGUGGACCCCAAAACCGCUGUUAACAUCGACCAGAGUGACCCCCGUUUCAUUGGAAACUGGUGGAGCGGCUUUCUGCUGUGCGCCGUGGCCAUGUUGCUGGUCAUCUUCCCCAUGUUCACGUUCCCCAAGAAGCUGCCGCCUCGCCACAAGAAGAAGAAGAGGAGGAAAAAGCUGAGUCUUGACGACCUGUCCAGUGACGACGACGUUCUCAAGGAGAAGAGCAACAACAAGAGCCAGGCGGUCACUUCGUCCAUGGGCUUCGGCAAGGACAUUAAAGACUUGCCUAAAGCUGCAGUGAGGAUCCUGAGCAAUGUGACCUUCCUCUUCGUCAGCCUGUCCUACACGGCAGAGAGCGCCAUCGUCACCGCUUUCAUCACUUUCAUUCCAAAAUUCAUCGAAUCUCAGUUUGGGAUUCCGGCAUCCAGCGCCAGCAUCUACACUGGUCUGAUCAUCGUGCCCAGUGCCGGCGUGGGCAUCGUGCUGGGUGGAUACAUCAUCAAGAAGCUGAAGCUGGGGGCUCGCGAGUCAGCCAAGCUGGCGAUGAUCUGCAGCGGAGUGUCCCUUCUCUGCUUCUCCACCCUCUUCAUCGUGGGCUGCGAGAGCAUCAACCUCGGAGGAAUCAACAUUCCCUACACCACCGGGCCGACACUCACCAUGACUCAGAGGAACCUGACUGGAGGCUGUAAUGUCAACUGUGGCUGUAAAAUCCAUGAGUACGCCCCCGUCUGCGGUUCUGAUGGCAUCACAUAUUUUAACCCCUGCCUGGCUGGCUGCAGUGGUGUGGCCAAUGACAGCAACGGGAUCCGUAACUACUCGGAUUGCGCCUGCGUCCAGAGCCGGCAGGUUAUAACGCCGUCUUCCGGUGGUCAGGGCAGCAACCAGCUGCAGCUCGUCAUCGUCAAGACAUACCUGAACGAGAACGGCUACGCCCUGUCCGGGAAGUGCAACCGCACAUGCAACACCCUGAUCCCCUUCCUCAUCUUUCUCUUCAUCGUCACCCUCAUCACUGCCUGUGCUCAGCCGUCUGCCAUUAUUGUCACCCUCAGGUCUGUGGCGGAGCAGGAGAGACCGUUUGCUCUGGGAAUGCAGUUUGUUCUCCUCAGGACUCUCGCUUACAUCCCGACUCCCAUCUACUUUGGCGCCGUCAUCGACACCACCUGCAUGUUGUGGCAACAGGACUGUGGCGUGCACGGCUCCUGCUGGGAGUACGACGUCACCUCCCUGCGCUUUGUCUACUUCGGUCUUGCGGCCAGCUUGAAGUUCCUCGGCUUCUUCUUUAUCUUCCUCACCUGGUACUCCAUCAAAUAUAAGGAGGAGAGGGUGGAGCGCUGGCUGAAGCGCCACCUGUCUCCUGUUGACACCGUCGGCAGCUUGGUCUGCCACCCCGGCGGGCACAAAGGCCACGCCCGCACCCGCUCCUGCCCCGUCAACAUCCCUAGGAGCGACCCUAACACCCUCCCUGCCAAUGCGCCGCUGCGGGCCGGUGCCCUCAACCGUGGGGUCAGUACCCAGAGUUGCCCUGGCAACGAGCUGAAAGCAAUAACCCCUCCUCCCCCUGCAGCUGCAGCAGCACCCUCCCCGACUCCAGCCCAGUCGCUGGAGCACGUUUCAGUCCGAGUUUAAGCUUCAGAGCAGCCAGAGGAAGCAUCCCCUCCAUCCUCUUUUAUUCUGAAAUGUCAGCUAGAGUUCAGCAAUGAUCAAAGGCCCUACCCUUUCAAAAUAAGGUGACCAACUCCUGCAGGAGGCCCAGAUAUUCUUAAAUCCUGAGCUCUAUGUGGAGCAGGAACUCUUCUGGUAGUGAAAGAUUCUAGAGGAAGACUCUGCCCUCAUGACCUCCCCUGACCUGCCCCAACCUCACCACGGCGAUAUGUGCCUUCUGUCACCUCAGUCUUCACAUGUACAGAACACACUCAGUUUAAACUGCAUUCAUAUAGACAAAUACCUCAGCUUGACACCCCCUCCUCUCUCACUCUUCAUCUUCUCUUCAUCAUGUGAGCAACUUCUGUACACUGGACUUCAGGAAAAAAACAACAAAAAAAAACGAGCCCUGUGGAAAUGUGAUUCCUCAAGGAAGUGGAACCGAUGGCAUGGUGCUAUGUGAAGAACAGCGUUUGUGUCUGUUUGUUUUGUCUUUUGUGUGAAAAAAAUCACUUGAAAAGAACCCAACCGGAGAACAGGUUACGGGGACAGGCAGCUCAAUGAUCGCAUUCCUGUCUGACCUGGAGCUUCUGGCUGAUCCCCUGAUGCAGUAGCUCUGAUUGCAGGCCUCACCCAUUCACCCACAUCCCCAUUUUUAACAAGGCAGCAUGAUUAGGGGCUUAGCCUGACCUGAACAAGAUCAACAUUUUCGUCCCGAGCACAAUCCCCACCGGGCUGAACACUGGGAAUGCUUGGGACAAACAUGUGACGGAGCACACAUUAAAAAAACAAACAAAAAAACAACAUUGUUCAAAGUCACAGAUGACACCUGAACAGAACUUUUCUUGCUGCUUUGGUUCUGGUAGUUUGAGUCCAAAGCACUAAAAGUUUUUCCAAAUUCCAUCCAGAAAAGUAUUCAGGUUUUGAAAUGAGUUUAACAAUGAGAGCUGCCCGAAAUCACGCUCGAAAACUAUUUUGUGUCUCUGAAGAAGAGAUGAGCUGUUUGUUUCUGUAGGAUCAGAAAGCAGUGUUAGCACUUAUUUCUAUGAUGGACCCAAAUCCAGUAUUUGCACUUUUCCCCCCAAAAAACGGAUGCCUCAACUGAAUCUGCAACUUCAACGUCGAAAAAACGAAGUCCUCUGAGGACACCUGCUGGCCGUGUGAGGAACUGCAUUCAAACAGAGGCUGGUGACAUCUGCUUGUCACUUUUAUAACUAAGUAAAUAAUCGAAUUCCUGUGUGUAAAAUACACUGAACUAUAAUACAGCUACUCCUUAGAUGAAUAAAAUCUGCCUGAGGUUUAUUCCUUAAGGACGUAAAGAAACCGACGUUUAGAUCGUGUUUGAUCUUAAACCUAAACCGGAAUUAGAACAGUCCACAGCACACUGUUGUGUAGCUGUAAGCGCAGAGAAAGAUAAUCAGUUUUAAUUCUGGAUAAAUAUUUGCAUUUUCUUUUUCAAAGCUGCUUACAGAUAGUUUUGGAGAUUUUUCUGAAAACGGUGAAAAACUGAAUUUUCAGGCUUAGUUUUGGACCCAAUUUGCCUCAUGAAAAAAGUGCAGCUAAAACGUGACACUGUUCCUUUGCAGAGAGGAACCAGAUCUGCAAAAAGUCUUAAAAUCUACUAGUUGUUGAAGUAAAAACUUAAAAAAAGGACCAAGCAGUGGAAAAAUGACCUUUAAUUUGGAGAAUUGUUUAAUUUAUAGAAAGGAAUCUAAAAAAUAUUUAGUUUUUUCUCCCUUUAUUACAACUUCAGCUGUUUGCUGAUGACUAAAUGGACAAAAUCGGGGAAAAAAAGCAAAUUUAAGUUGAUGAUCAUGUUUGCAACUCAUUAAAUGAAAAAUAAAGAAAAAGGUUAAUAAGCAAUAUUUAGUUUUUUUAAUAAAUUUAGAGUAAAACAUGAACCCAACCAGCAGGCUGGAGCCAGAAGAUGAUUUCUAAAUUAAUUCUUCAUUGUAAUAGUGUUUAGUUUUUAAUCAGGACAUGUAGCUGGAGUACAAUGAAUGAAUCCAUGUCUCUGUGGUAAUGAGGUUAACUGGCAAAAUGUGAGAAACAAUCUAAAAAGUAAAAACCAGACUCAAUUCAGUAUUUUAUAUAAAUUAGAACUAAACCCACACAGCUUCUAUCAGAAUUAUGCCUAACAUGUCUAGAAUUAGUAUUUGUAUUUAUUUUAUUUUUAGAAUUAUUAUUAUUACAAACGUUUAUUUGAAAAAAAGGAAAUUAUGAAAAUCAGAAUUUUUACCACACCAGAAAAGCUGCCUAGAAUUUAUAAAGCAACUAAUUUUUUCCAUUUUUUAUCUCUUCCUACUCGAAUUUUUCCUUUCCUGGUGAUUUUUCUUUCAAUUUUUGACUUUUCCAAUCAGCCGUUUUCCUCCCUACAGCCUGCAUCCAUUACUGCACACGCUCAACACCACGAAACCCACCAGGGUGGAUGCCUCCACGUGUGGUGGAGCAAAGCAACAGAAAAAUAGAGACAAACUGAUCAAGUGGAGGCCUUUCAAAGUCUAGAAGUGAUGCAGAGUUCUGGAGCAUUUUUGUCAACUGACCUCCUUUUCACAGACGAAUCAUUUUGAUUUUGAACUGCAUUGGAGUCGAGCGACGUGUCGGGAAAUCCUCAAAUCUGUUUUAAAUGUUUGUAAGUAUUUGUUCAAUGAUCAUAGUUUAAUUUGCUUCAGUGAGAUCCAAUGAACUGAGAGUGAAAAUGUGGAAUCAAAGUCUGAGGAAAGCAAACCUUCAUCUGUAGAAUAAAAAGCCGAUCAUCUCAUUGUUCUUCAGAGCAGAGAAGAGAAGCUGCUUCAGUGUCAGCGCAGUAGAAAAAGUAGAAUAGAGUAGAAAAGCAGCAUUCUGUCUUUGUGUGAAGAAAGCAGCAAAUAAACAUGACAGCUGUUUCAGAUGGUCGUCUGCCUUCCUUCUGUUUCAUGGAAACGACAGACCUCAGACUCUCCAGUCUCACCGUGGAGCCGCUAAACGCCAGCUUCUGCAUCACGCUCUCGUGCUCCGCCCUUCAAGGCCCUGCGGGCGGAUGCAGCCCCCUCUUUUAUUAUCAGUAUUUAUUUGAACAGCGCUUCUGUCUGACUGGAAAACAAAAAAACACACUGAUGAGGCUAAAUGUAAACUCUGUGGACUCUACGUUUACAGCCGCCUUUGAAACGUGACUUCUGUCAAAACAAUGUGAAAAUAAAAUAGUGUUAUAGAAACA